AUGGAAGGACGAAAUUUUGGGCCUGGGCCAAAUGUUGGAGGCCCAAGAGGAGGACAGAAACCAAGCCCUGUGGGCGUGACAGAGGGUGGUGACAAAAAUAAUGUGGGUGAAGGGCUUCAUGAGUCUGGUUCGGUUCCAACCAAUGUGGAGAUGGAUAGUGACUAUGAAAAGCCGUAUGAGUAUGAGAGUGAGGCCUUCAACAGCCCAAUCUCUUCAGAGGACGAGGGUAAGACAGCAUUUGAUCCAUUUGAUGAAGAUAGUGAAUAUGGUGAGGUUGAGUUCAAGGUUGGACAAUUGUUCCCAACAAUUGAGCUUUUCAAAAAGGCACUAAAAAACUACUUUGUUUAUGAAAGAAAGGACGUCUUAUACAUUAAGAAUGAGAAGCAUAGACUGAAGGCAGCAUGUGCAGCUGAGGGUUAUCCUUGGUUGAUAUUUACUUCUUGGAAUUCUGCCACUAGAUACUUCCAAGUGGAGACCUUAUUUGAUGAGCAUACUUGUGCUAGGGACUAUGGUAGUAACAUGGCUGACCGUCAAUGGGUGGCUUCUAAGCUAAUUAAAAAACUUCUCAUUCAACCCAACAUGAAACCAAGACAUGCAAUGGAGCAUAUGAUAGAAGAGUACAAUGUCCAGCUGAACCCCGGAAUGAUCGCCAGGGCACUUAAAGUUGCUAGAGAAGUUGUAAUUGGUAAUUCCAGGGAACAAUAUGGAAAGGGUUUGGAGUUGGCAAUUAAGGAAGUAAUGCCUAAUACACACCACAAAAACUGUGUGCAUAUCUGGAAAAAUUUCAUCAAGCAUUUCAAGGAUCAGCAAACUAAACAAUUGGUAUGGGAAUGUGCACGAUGCACCACGUUCCAAGAGUUCAAUACUGCUAUGGAGAAAAUGAAGAAAGUGAAUAUGGGAGCUUGGGAGUAUCUUCAAAGGUUUGAGCCUGCAGUGUGGACUAAGGCUUACUUCAGUCACGGUCCCAAAGUCGACAACAUCACGAAAAACAUGUGCGAGUUAUGGAACGCGAAGAUUGUUGAAUACCGGGAAAAACUAAUUCUGACGAUAUGUGAGGACUUACAGUGCUACCUGAUGAGAAAAAUGGCCACACACAAGAGAAAAUUGGAGGCUUAUUCUGGUCAGUUGACCCCAGUACAACAAAAAAAGCUAAAUGAGUUUGUCAAGCCUAGAGCCAACAAGUGGAGAGCAAUUUGGGCUGGAGACAACGAUAGAGUUCUUUUUGAAGUACAUAGAGGAAACCACAAGCAACUCACUGGUAAUUCUAACUCCUAUGUAAAUUCGGCUAUAUAUUGUCUAGGGUAUUAUUUCCUAACUAAAAUAUUGUACUCUGCUUCAAGAAUGCUUUGCAGGCAUGCAGUUGUAACCAUGUAUAAGAUAGGGUUGAAACCAGAGGAGUUUGUGCAUAAGUGGCUGACCAUGGAAUCCAUUAGGGCCACUUACAAACACUGCAUCCAACCUGUCAACAGUGAAGAAUACUGGAUUCCAACUACUGCUCCACCAUGUGAUCCUCCAUCAAUAAAGAGACCUGCACACUGCCCAAAAAUGAAGAGAAAGGUGAACUCAAUCGAGAAAGAAAUGCACACCAAUAAAGAAAGGAAGUCUUUUGAGGUCACAUGCAGUAAGUGUGGACAAACUGGCCAUUACUACAGGACAUGA